AUGUCGGUCGCCUCGAAAGCUGCCAACGCGAAUAGCGGCUUCAAGCUGCUCCCCAACCCAACGAACCCUUCGGCGGAAGAAGUGGCGACCGCGCUCAAACUCGUGCGCUCGGGUGGGAUCACGCACCCGCAGACCGCAACCCCGGAUCGCAGCCUCACCAUCCCGUCGAUCAGCACGUCGGACCAGCGUGAUGUGCGCAUCGCCAUCUACGAUCCGCCUUCGCUGUCCGCUGAGACGAAACGGCCCGUGGUGCUGAGCUGGCACGGCUCCGGCUUUGUAGUGGACCGAUUCGGCGCUGACGCCGACGUCAACCGGUGGCUUGUCGACGAGCUUAACGUCACCGUGGUCGACGGGGACUACGCCAAGGCUCCUGAAGGUCCGUUCCCCGAAGGUCUGUUCGAUGCAGUCAGCGCACUCAAGUGGACCGUUCGUCAGCCGUGGUUCGACGGCAAUCUCGUCCUCAAAGGUCAUUCGGCUGGAGCGAACUUCGCUCUCUGCCUCUCCUCCCGCACCACCGCCCGUGCGCUGGGCGUGACAGACGAGGAAUACGAUACCAUCAAGGCGUGCGUCACACUCUACCCUCCCACUGACAGCAGCAUUCCACUGGAGCAAAAGAAGACCAACGAGAACGGCGAAGAGCCAGGAAUCCCCAUGUCGGCACUGAGCGCGCAGGUGAUGCACUUCUUCUUCGGCGCCUACCUGGGGUGGGAUCCGAAGUAUCAGCAGGAGAUGGGACUCGAUCCGCGCGUCUCCCCCGCCAAGGCAGAGAUCGAAAGCUACGAGGUACCUUGCUAUAUUAUUGCGUGUCAGCACGAUCCGCUGCUCGAAGAGGCCCAGACGUUCGCCCAGAGGCUCGGCGAGAAGGAUAGCAGACACGAGUUCUACCUCGCUCAAGGGGUCGGGCACAACUACGAGACGCGAAUCCCAGAUGUCAGGGAUGCCAAGGUGCUGGAUGCUCCCGGAGGAAAGGCAAAGGUGGAGAGCUUCGCUCGGUUGUUGGAGUUCAUCCGGAAGAACGUGCCGGCUGUGAACAAGCAAUAG